AUGUUUGCCGUUACUUAUAAUGUGUCGCGAAUUAUCGGAAUUAUAGCACUUGGUGGAUUUGUGUUGGGGAUGGACGUUUCUUCGAUGUCAAUAUUCAUCGGAUCAGAACAUUUUAAUCAAUAUUUUAAUUUCCCAGGACCCUUUAUGCAGGGACUUAUGACGGGAGCUAACCCCGUGGGAGGUCUAAUUGGUUGUAUAUUAUUUGGAAUUGUCUCAGAAAGAGUGAGUAGAGUUGGUGACUUUCAAUUAUUUUCGUCACUGUGGAUAAUGGGAUCUAUCGUAUCUGCUUUGGUACUUAACGCGUGGAUGGUGGUAGCUGGGAGAUUGAUACGUGGUAUUUCAGUUGGCGCGUUUUCAGUAUUGCUUCCGCUCUAUAUUGGAGAGGUGAUCACAAGUGACAGAAAAGGUGCAGCGACAUCGAUUGUUCAACUGUCUUUGACAGCAGCUAUUUUGGUAAUGUUCUAUGUGUGUUUUUUCCUAAAUUUUCUCAACAACGACUUAUCUUUCCGUUUGGCAUGGGGUAUAGAGAUAGUACCAGCUUUAGCACUUUUGCUAUCUUCGUAUGUGCUUCCAGAGUCACCAAAAUGGCUAGUGGCACGAGGUGAAUAUGCCAAGGCUCAAGAGAUUUUGGGACAUCUAUCGGCAAGUUCGCAUGGAGAUACUGGCAACGAUUCCUUCAGUAAAAUUGAGCUCUUGGAAAAGUAUGGAUCUUUGAAAAAAAUCAGCUAUCUGACACUGUUUUCUAAAAAUUUGAGAGUUCAUACUCUCAUUGGGAUGACAAUUCAGAUAAUGGUUCAAACAUGUGGCAUUAAUGUAUUGAUGUUUUAUGUGGUGUACAUUUGUGAAAUGAUCGGGUUCGAAGGUAACAUUAAAAUGAUGUCUGCAUCGGUCCCAUACAUCAUCAAUGUGGUUUUCACUCUCAUCCCGAUUCAUACUUUGGAUAAACUUCGCAGAAAGGAAGUUCUUGUGUAUGGCGCUUUUUUCCUAUCGAUAACUAUGACGUUGAUUGGCACGGUUAUGGGUGCGUACGGACAUGAAGUUCCACCUAUGAAUGGGAAUAAAGCAAUUGUGUGGGAGAUCAAGGGUAAACCUGGAUUGGUGGUACUGGGGUUAUGUUUCUUAUUUGUGGCGGUAUUUGCCUCAACUUUAUCGUGCUGUGCAUGGCUGUAUACCAAUGAGAUUUUACCAGCAAGGGCAAAAUCUAAAGGUAUGUCGUUAUGUAUGGCCACCAGCUGGUGUUUGAAUUCGGUGUUGGCAUUUUUAACACCCACGCUAUUAAGCCGGAUCAAGUGGGCGACAUUUAUCUUAUUGGGUGGUGUUACAUUUGUCAUAGUAUCAUUGGUAUCCUACGCGUUUCCCGAGACGUAUGGAUUAUCGGAGACAGAGGUUGAAAACUUGUUUCUUGCAGACAUGGGGUUGAAAUCAGACAAUACCGAUGAGGAGAAGUCGGAGAAUUGGAGUGAAAGGCCACGGUCACCUGCGCCGUCAUCUGAUUACGGGAGUAAUAAUACAAAAGUGGCAGCACCAGUUGAUCUUAAGGUGGAAGAGAGUGCGUUUGCAAUCGGCUACGAGGGCACAACUUGCAAACAGAAGGAAGGGCGCAAAUUUGAUAUAAAAUAA